AUGACUUAUCUUAUAGCAAAUUCCAAUAAAAACACCAUAGCCAGAAAUGCGGGAAUUUAUUGGACUUUUUAUCAACUUAGUGUUUUAAUUGGAAAUUCGGUGGUCUACCUGGUAUUUAAAGGCUACAGUAUCAUAACAUUCAAAGAAAGAGUAAAGGUGCUUUGUUUUUUGGCUGGAAUAAGCGCUACAGGUGUUUGUUCAACUUUCAUACUGAAAAAAUCUGUCAAACCGCCAUUGGAAAAGGACGAGGAAAAUGAUGAAGCCCCUGUUGAACCGGAUGUUGGUCCUAUGGAGGAGUUUUUACAAACUUUGAAGCUAAUUUUUACCAGGAAUAUGCUGCUGCUAAGUGCUCUUUUCUUUUAUACAGGUUUUGAGAUGAGAUUUUGGGGUGGGGUGUUGGGUCCAACCUUGGGAUUUGCGAAGCUAUUCAAAAAUCGUAAAGAACUCGUAGGGCUAACUGGAAUCGCAGUUGGGACUGGAAAUUGUUUUGGUUAG